AUAACCCUUGACAAGAGUCUGCCUUCGCCGAUUUAAAUCCAGCCUUGAGCAAUGAAGUAGCUUAGGAACGUUCAUGUGCCUGUUAAUGCCUUGAGAUGUGAUUUUCAUAAGACAUCCCUCAAGGCAGCCAGUCCCCACUUGCCACCAUGUCUACGAAGAGAGUCGCAUUGGUCAUCGGAGCAUCUAGGGGUAUUGGCAGACAAGUCGCUAUUGAUCUAGCAUUGGCUGAAGAUGGCUACCGCGUUGUUGUCGCAGCUAAGUCCACCAGCGACGCCAAGAGCGCCUCGCCUUUCCCUCCAGAUCCCAACUCUCCACAGUCGACGAUUAGUACCGUUGAGCGAGAGAUCCGGGAGGCAGGUGGUAAUGCAACUGCUAUAGCUGUUGAUGUCCGGAACUUCGAGAGCGUGAAGAGAUGUGUGGACAAAACUGUUGAGAUGUAUGGACGGCUUGAUGUGUUGGUCUAUAACUCAGGGGCAAUAUGGUGGGCGUCUGUUGAGGACACGCCCAUGAAACGCUUCCAAUUGAUGCAGAGAGUUAACCCCGAGGGACUUUACGGGGCAGUGCAGGCAGCCCUUCCGUACUUGAAGAAAAAUGGGAAUGGUCGAAUCAUAGUAGUCAGCCCUCCGAUAUACAGUCGUUUCUUCAGGGGAAAGACUGCUUACGCCAUGGGCAAAGUCGGUAUGAGUGUUUUGACAAAAGGCCUUGCAAUGGAUUUCCAAAGACAAACCCUCGACAUGGCAAUCACGAGUAUCUGGCCGGCGGCUGCGAUUGAGUCUGCAGCAACGCGCAAGGCGACAGAGAAGGAUCCCAGAGAAGUAGAAGAUUUGCGUAGGCCAACAAUCUUUUCGGACGCAAUUCUCGCGAUGCUACGAGCACCAGCUUCUAGCGUGAACGGACGGCUUGAACUUGAUGAGGAUUAUCUUCGCAGUGACGCUGGUGUCACUGACUUUUCAAAGUACUCUGUUGUGCCGGGGGCCUCACCUCGGAGAAUCAUGCCAGCUCAGUUUCCCGACCUCACUGUAAAGGAGCAAGAUGAUGAAGGUAAAAGGAUGAAUAGUGCUGAGGGUAGAGCAAAGCUAUAGGUUUUGCUAGAUAGGAAUUAGUAUAUCGCCGACGACAACUAAGAUAUAUGAUAGUUCUUGAUAUCCUUCUCAUCGAGGAAUAUCAAUUUGUUAGCUAAUUACAUUGAGCCGUCGCUGUCGCCACCCGGUCCUUUGAUGUCCCAGAAUCCAGGGAAAUAAUUAAAGGGGAAAAUAUGCGCAUACGACAGGCUGGAUCGUUUAGUAUAGUUACUUGACGUCUACCGAAUAAUGCGGGAUUCCCGAUGUUUAACGAUCCUCGCCGUAAUAUGACCGUCCUAGGCAUGUAGAGACACAGAAAACAGUUUUGCUUAGCCGACGGG